CAACAAUAUCGGCUUGGAUACGAGCCCUACCAACAUGUAACAGAGCAGCCUCCUAGUAGGCCCGCACAAUACCCUCCCAAGCCAGCCCGACCGUCGCCUCCCGUGAACACUGGCAAGAAGAACCAUGAUAAUGAGAACUACCAAGAUCUCCGCACGCGCGCGAAGAACGAAGGCGCACCUGCGAGAGAUGGAGCGGCUAAAUGCCCAGGCGAGCGAGUGGAUAUUCAAUGAGAAUAACAAAGACAGAGAGCCUGGAGAGGUCGACCUGCAUGGUCUGUACGUGAAGGAGGCUAUCACGUUCACAGAGCGAGCCAUCAACGAUGCUCGGCGGUGCGAAAGCAACAAAAUCCACCUCAUCGUGGGCAAGGGUCUGCAUUCGUCAGAUGGCGUUGCGAAGCUCAAGCCUGCAAUCGAGGAGCUCUUGCGGAAGCAAGGACUCGUCGCGGAGCUCGAUCAAAAUAAUUCCGGCGUUUUGAUUGUCAACUUGUCGGCCACUCGAGCGGGUGAAGCUUUGAAGGUGCAAUAGUCCAGCCCGAGGAUAUCAUGUGUAACCUGGAGGGCAAGGACACUGGUUGUUUGAUCAUGCGAUGGGUGUAUUGCUUGGGUUGGAUGCUCUCUUGGUCUUUUUUUGCAGAUGCUGGAAUGUUUGCUUGAGGGAGUACCCUACGUUGUUUUGAUGCCAUGCGGGCACGAAUGAUGGUGCAUUGAUGAUUUGA